AUGAAUUCUAAUUUUGUUUUUCUUGGACUUGUUCAUAUAUAGAAAGACGAUUAAGGAUAAAAUCAAUUGAAAAAUAUUGUUAAAAUUACAGAAUUUUCUUAAGAUGCACUUAAAGCUUAUUUAUAAUUACCUAAACUAUAUGAUGAGAAAAAAUAAGAAAGAGGAAACAAUAAUUGGCCAUUUAUUACAAAUUUUGCAACGAAGCCUGAAUAUUUGAUUGUUUUAAGAAGAGACGCAAAUUCAGUUUUUCUGAAAUAAAUUAGAAUUGAAGAAUUCAUAAUAUAAAAUUUACCUAAUGAUUGUUCUGAAUAAGAGUGGAGAAAUAAAGCCACAUAAAUUUUAUUAACUUGGAAUCUAGCUGAAACUAAUUUGAAACUUACUGAAGAAAAUGAUAAAACAAGCGAUAAUUAUGCAAAAUAUGCUUAAAUUUAUUUGAUAUUGGCAGUUAUAUCAUUCAUAGUGAUUAAUAUACUUAAGCAUUUUAUAUGA